CAACAAACAAAAUAUAAUGAAAAAGAAUGAAAGGAUUGCUUAAUAGAUAUAUGCUUCUUAAAUAUAGAAAUUGUAGGGUAAGAUAAUAGAAAAGAAACUCACAAAAGUAUGUUCAAAACAGUAAUUUGAGAGCCAAUCAUAAAAUAUCUCGAAUAACAAUAGUCCUGCAAUGGGACGUUAAAAAUCCUAUGAAAAUUUAUAGAAGGUGAAUAGAACAUUCAUAAAUCCAGCAUUAUAGGUGUCUCAACAAAAAUUGAGUAGCAUUUUAAAUGUUAUGGCAGGCUAACAGACGAAGCCAAAAUUUUAGAGUUUAUUUAAUACUGAAUUAAUGGAUACAGUUAAGAUCACUCACAAAUUACGAAAGAAUUAAUCAAUGGUUUAAAUGGAUUAACAAUCACCUUAAUUGACAAAGAAUUCUUCUUUUUAUCGUCCAAAUUCGAGUGUGAAAAUAAAGAAUAGUAAUAGUAUAUCUUAUGAGUAAUCAUAACUAUAGAAGACUAAAGAUAAAAUCAAAUAAUUAUUAUUAGAAAAGGAUAAUAAUUGUUAAUAAGACCAAAAGGAGAUAGCUUUCAUGAUAAAACUAAAUUAAUCAUUAAACCAAUUAUUCUCGAUAGUUUUUUAGGAAUAACCUAAUACAUAACCAACUUCAACUUAAGAUACGAAUUCAAGUGUCCAAAUAGAUCAUUUUUUUAAAAGAUAAAUUUAAAUAUUAUCGUAAUUUUACACAUAAUAGAUGGAAAAGAAAAAGCUAGAAAAUAUACUCAAUUAAAUAAAAAGAAAACAUGAAAAUGUAUUGAUGGAAUACAAUUAGUUAUAAGAUUAAAAGAAAUAAUAGGAUGAUUUAAUGAAGAAUUUGUAAUAGUAAAUAUCAGGAUUGCAAUGUAAAAUAAAUACAUAGCAAAGAGAGACAAAGAGUGAGUAAGGUAUAUAAAUAUGAAAUAAUAAAACAAUAGAAUAUUUAGAAUUGAAAUAUCUAAUAUAAGGACAAUUUGAAGCAGUUUAAAAAUUAUUAUAAAGAGAAUAGUUGACUAAGAUAUUUCUAAAGAGAGUUGGGGAUAGUUCAAUUUUAGAGUAAUAUUGAAUAUUAAAAAUUUGAGGAUGUUCGAUUAAUUUAUAUAAAAUGCUGAAUAAACGAAUAUGGAUGAGACAGAAGGGAAUCUCAAUAUAGAUGUGAUACCAUCAAAUAAAUUGAUUUCUUAUAAGAAAUUAAUAAUAGCAUAAGAUUAGAUGGAAAUGUCUGAUAAGAUUUUAUGUUAAUAUGAAGAUAAUUAUAAAUAGCAAUUGAAUUUAUGUGAUUCUAUGUUAGCAGAUGAUUCUAGUAAAUUACUUAAAUCAAUAUAUGAUUAGGAGUUAAUGAUUCAGAAGAAAGUAGUUUUGGUUAUUUAGGGAAAGAAUAGGCUACUGAGAUAAGUUGUUAUUUUAAUGAUGCUGAUCAAUUUUUUUAAGGGGAAAAUUAAAAGAAGGAAGUUCAUACAAUAUCAAAAGAGAAAUUAAAAAUUAACAUGAUGGAUGUUUAAUUAGCAUAGGCUGCGUAAUUAUAAUAAAAUAUUAUUAUUUAGUUUAAAUCAUUAAGAAUUAAUUGAAUAAUAAUAAUAAUAAUAAAAAUUAUAAUAAUAACAUAAGAUACUUCCAGAUGAUUUGAUUGAUAAUGAUAUGGAGGAAUCUGAUGAAAAUUUAUGCGAUGAUAAUGAUGAAUAAUAAUGUUGA